AUGUUAUCUCGGGUUAACCAUAAGAACUUUGUCAAUCUCAUUGGCUACUAUGAGGAGGAUGAACCCUUCAAUAGGAUGAUAGUAUUUGAAUACGCUCCUAAUGGAACCCUCUUUCAGCAUCUGCAUGUUAAAGAAAUGGAACAUCUUGACUGGAGUGCAAGAAUGAGGAUUAUCAUGGGCAUUGCUUGUUGCUUACAAUACAUGCACCAUGAUUUAAAUCCACCAGUAUCACAUUCUAACUUGAAUUCACAUAAUAUCUUUCUAACUGAUGACUAUGCAGAUACGAUUGCUGACAUCUCUUUCUUGCCACAAGAUUCCUCCAAGUCAAAGAGCUUAGGUAACAAUGAGUUAGUGCAUUCUACAUUGGCACCUUUGGCUGAUGUAGGGACAAAUGUUUAUUGUUUUGGGAUUCUAUUGCUAGAAAUCAUUUUUGGAAAACUCCAAUACUCGAAAGAACAAGGUAUCAAUUAUAUGAUUGACCCAACCCUCAAGUCUUUCAAAAACAAUGAGCUUGACCUCAUAUGCGAGAUUAUCCAAGAGUGCAUACAACCAAAUCCAAGGCAAAGACCAACAAUGAAGGAUAUCACUUCCAAGUUGAGGGAAGUGAUUGCUAUCUCACCUGAUCAAGCAAUUCGAAGACUUUCUUUGCUUUGGUGGGUUGAACUUGAAAUAUUAUCUAUCGAGGUGACUUAA